CAAACUUCGGUCUUCUCAUCUAUCAUCUUGACACUCUUUCAUUAUCUGUGCUUGAGAUUCUCCUCAAAUACAUACAUGUUGAACGAUCUGGAUAGGUGUAGUAAUAACCAUCUUCGUUUCCUCUUCUUUCAAAUUCCGUUUUCGUCCACAGCCCAGCAUUCACGUCUGACCCAUGGAGAAUCAAUCUUCAUACGAGAUGUCCCCUCACUUUUCUAAAUGCGGAGAUCACAAGAGUCUUAGUUUUUAUCUGUUCUUCUUUUCAGAUUUCAUCACACACUGUCUUCUUUGCAUAAUUAUACAAGAAGCUACGAAGAUACGAACGAAUGUCUUCGGCUGGGGAUCAUCGGCCCAAGGAAAAAAUGAACCCCGCACUCUAUAUUUGCUGUGCAAUGUCACCCGCGAGUUUUCCCGAAACACUUUGUUUGGGAAAGAUGAGAUGAAAAUUAAAAGUACUGGUAUUUUCAUAUUUUGAGUUAAACAACAAUGUAUAAAUCUCAGCCGUUUCUUCUUAUCUAUUUUGUGCAAGCUAUUGUGCGUUUCAACCUUUUGUCUUUCGUGUAUUAUAUUAGCCAACUCAAAAUGCAUUCCAUCCUUUCACUUCCCUUCAUAUUCUCAAUCCUCAUCACUCUCGCUCCAGCAGACCCAACACCAUGUCUCUGCACCACCUACUCUCAAAUCGCUCCCGCCGUCGCAUCCUGUACAUCCAUCAUCC